AUGACACAACAGCCACUGGAAGCAUUUCUUUUUGAGCUUAAGAGAAAGACACGGCAGGCAGAGAGUCAGAGGGAGGCUGUCUCGUUCCUUUGUGUUUAUAAGAAUACUGAGGAGACUGGAGAGGGUUGGCGACGCCCCAUACAAACACGCGAGCCCCCUUCACCUCUCGCCUCGCCUCUCUCCCCUUCGCUCCUCUCCCACCACCAGUCACCCCCAGACUCCAGUUUGCCGUUGGCCAUCAAGGAGGGAGGUAGCGCUGCUCUUCGCUCCGGCCUCAUGGGGUCACACGGAGGUGGUGAUCUAGGGGGGUGCUGCAGCGUAAACUUCCUCAAAUACGUCUUGUUCAUUUUCAACUUCAUCUUUCUGGUGGGCGGCAUCGCGGUGCUGGCGGUGGCUUCCUGGACCAUCGCAGAGAAACACGACUACGUAGCGGUCCUCACUACCUCCACCUACGCCACCACGGGCUACCUGCUGCUGCUCGCUGGCCUGCUCUGUCUCCCCGCGGCCCUGCUUGCCUGCUGCGCCAUCCAUAAGGAGAAUAAAUGUAAUCUCCUAGCGUACACGUUCCUGCUGCUGGUGGUGUUCCUGCUGGAGGCGGUGGCGGGGGUGGUGGCUUACGUGUACGAGGAGCAGGUGAUGGCGGAGCUUGCCCACACCCUUCAAGACACGUUCAAACACUCUUACCUUUCCGACGACACGGUCACUCGGGCUAUUGACACCAUGCAACUGGAGGUAAGAGGGGCGUGAGGGCGUGAGGGCGUG